AUCAGAAAAUAAUGAUGGUAGUCGCAGGCUAUGAGUGCUGCUGUCGAAAUUGACAGGAUUUUAAUCACAAUUCUUGUUUCAGUCUCUUUGUCAUUCGGAAUCUACUUUCUCUUCGCCUUUUUUAAGCUGUACAAGAAAAACAAAGGUUUUGUUGAACAGAAUCAAAACCCUCAGAACUCCUGCAGGUUUCUGACUGAUAGCACAAUGCUGAAGUCACCAGAUAAACAUCAAGAUGCUCAAACCCUUGGAAUUGGCAAAGCUAUUGCUGUUCUCACAUCCGGAGGCGAUGCACAAGGAAUGAAUGCAGCUGUUCGUGCAGUAGUGAGAGUUGGGAUUUACACUGGUGCCAAAGUUUACUUUGUUCAUGAGGGCUACCAAGGAUUGGUUGAUGGAGGUGAUAACAUUCGAGAAGCAACAUGGGAAAGUGUUUCAAUGAUGCUGCAGCUGGGUGGUACAGUCAUAGGAAGCGCUCGAUGUCAAGAUUUCCGUGGAAGAGAGGGGCGACUUAAAGCUGCAUCUAAUCUAGUGAAAAAAGGAAUUACUAAUUUAUGUGUGAUUGGUGGAGAUGGUAGCUUGACUGGGGCAGACACUUUCAGAGCGGAAUGGACUGGCUUGUUAAAUGAUUUAGUUAAAGCAGGAAAGAUAACUGCAGAGGAAGCCAAAAACUCCAGCUUCUUGAAUAUUGUUGGCUUGGUUGGUUCCAUUGAUAAUGAUUUCUGCGGAACAGAUAUGACUAUUGGCACAGAUUCAGCCCUGCAUAGAAUAAUGGAGAUUGUAGAUGCAAUUACAACUACUGCACAAAGUCACCAGAGGACCUUUGUUUUAGAAGUGAUGGGUCGACACUGUGGGUACCUGGCAUUAGUGACAGCCCUUGCAUGUGGAGCAGAUUGGGUUUUUGUUCCAGAAUCUCCCCCUGAAGAGGACUGGGAAGAACAUCUUUGCAGAAGACUAAGGGAGACAAGAGGACGUGGAUCAAGACUAAAUAUUAUUAUUGUGGCUGAAGGAGCCAUUGAUAUAAACGGCAAACCUAUCACAUCAGAAGAUAUAAAAAAUCUGGUUGUAAAGCGCCUUGGAUAUGACACCAGAGUCACAGUUCUUGGCCAUGUGCAACGUGGUGGAACACCUUCAGCCUUUGACAGAAUUUUGGGAAGCAGAAUGGGUGUUGAAGCAGUGAUGGCCUUGCUGGAGGGAACACCUGACACACCAGCUUGUGUGGUCAGCUUGUCUGGUAACCAAGCAAUACGGCUUCCGCUUAUGGAAUGUGUUCAAGUGACCAAGGAUGUCACACAGGCGAUGAAUGAGAAGCGCUUUAAUGAUGCUCUUAAAUUAAGAGGAAGGAGUUUUGAAAACAACUGGAAUGUUUAUAGAACAUUGGCUCAUAUAAGACCUCCUUCCACUAAGAGCGGCUACAAUCUUGCUGUGCUGAAUGUUGGAGCACCUGCAGCUGGGAUGAAUGCAGCUGUGAGAUCUACAGUGAGAAUCGGCAUUAUACAAGGUCACCGAAUGUUUGCAGUACAUGAUGGAUUUGAGGGACUUGCAAAAGGACAGAUUGAAGAGAUUGGAUGGGCUGGUGUUGGUGGGUGGACUGGACAAGGAGGCUCACGGCUUGGAACUAAGAGAGUUCUUCCAAAGAAGUAUCUUGAAGAAAUAAGUGCAAAUAUAAGCAGCUUUAACCUACAUGGGCUGAUUAUUAUAGGUGGGUUUGAGGCUUUCACGGGAAGUCUUGAACUGAUGGAAGGUCGUUCCAAGUUUGAGGAGUUGUGCAUACCUAUAGCAGUGGUUCCUGCCACUGUUUCCAACAAUGUUCCUGGAUCUGAUUUUAGUAUUGGUGCAGACACAGCUCUUAAUACAAUUACUACUACCUGUGAUCGAAUUAAGCAGUCUGCAGCUGGAACAAAGAGAAGAGUCUUUAUUAUUGAAACUAUGGGAGGUUACUGUGGCUAUUUAGCCACAAUGGCAGGAUUUGCUGCAGGAGCUGAUGCUGCUUACAUUUAUGAAGAACCAUUUUCAAUAAAAGAUUUGCAGGGGAAUGUUGACCAUCUUAUACAAAAAAUGAAGACAACUGUGAAAAGAGGUUUAAUUUUAAGGAAUGAGAAAUGCAGUGAAAACUACUCUACAGAUUUUAUCUUUAAUUUGUAUUCUGAAGAAGGAAAAGGUGUUUUUGACAGCAGGAAAAAUGUUCUCGGUCACAUGCAGCAGGGUGGGACGCCUACUCCAUUUGAUAGAAACUUUGGCACAAAAAUGGGUGCUAAAGCCGUACUUUGGAUCACAGGAAAAAUGAAGGAGUGUUCUAGACAUGGUCGCAUUUUUGCUAAUACAGCAGACUCUGCUUGUUUAUUAGGAAUGCGCAAAAGAAGCCUUGUUUUUCAGCCUUUGACAGAACUUAAAGAACAAACUGACUUUGAGCAUCGCUUACCCAAACACCAAUGGUGGCUAAAGCUACGCCCUAUUCUGAAAAUUCUUGCAAAAUAUAACAUCAGCUUGGACACAUCUGAAACAGCACACCUGGAACAUAUUACCCGUAAAAGAUCUGUUGAAUCUCAGAUCUAAGUUUGGAAGAAGAUAUAACAGCACAACCCAUCACAGAUCUUUCUACCUUGAUGUUUAAGAAAAGAUUGUUACUUAACAUAAUUUUAGUUCAUUUAAUAUUAUGAAUCCUAUAUUUCUCAGCAUGUGACAACAUUGUAUUAUUUCCACAUAUUAUUAGUUUUGUGAAGUUUGCUUUAUAAAGUUAAAAAAAAAAAGUUGGCAAUAUAUGACUAGUAUCUACAUUAAUGUCUACUUUAGAUUGAUGGCAACUCUGCUUUAAUAGUAGUGUGAGUAGUCCGGUUGUUUAUUGUCGAUAACAUUUUUAUCAGUGUGUCUACUGUUAAUCUAUUGUAGUUCUUGAUAAAUUUGAAAUAUUAGGUUUGGUGUCUUUUAUUUAAGCACAGUAUUUAUAAAAACUGUCUUCUGAUUCACGUAUCAUAUUUUAUCUUAAGCACAGUUUUAUUUAAUUAUUAAAUUUGGACUUUUACAAGGAUAUGCAGUACUUGUAUCUGAAUGACCCAGCUAGUUAGUAUUGUCUAGUUCUGUUUCAAAAUUCUGCAGAAUAAAUAUUUUUGUUAUAUGUUCAACUAAAUGAAAA